AUGUCAACUUCGGAAUCCGUUGCUGAGAUCACCCGUUCCUUCUUAACUCUCGAGCUCGUCGCGAAGAAUCCAUCAAUGAUGGCAAAGAUUCACAUUCCUGCUUCUAUCGAGACCGAGUUUGAGCUGGGAGAACCUGAUAAGACACGACGUCGAAGGGAACUCGACUCGUCAUCGACUCUCCCGACAUCGUUCCCACCAUCUGGUGCCGAGCAGCCAAGCAUGGGUCAGAACCCAUUCGGACCAUACUCAUGGCCUAUGUAUUCUGGUCAAUGUUUCUUGUGUCCUGCUGGUGUUCCCGGAAGGGACGGGAGAGACGGACGUGAUGCACCAACAAGUCUUCAAGCUGAAAAACCCAUUUCACCCAGCGACGAUGAGGAUCAAGUACGUCCAGUAGGUACCCCUACAAGUCUUCCUGGUGUCAUCUAUACUCGCUGGGGUAACGAUGUAUGUCCCGAAGAUGCAGAACUCAUCUAUUCAGGUUCUAUUGGAGGUGCACACUACAUUCAGACUGGUAGCGGCUCAAAUUAUCUCUGUAUGCCGGACGAGCCUAUCUAUGACGAGGUAACAGCUUCCAAAGAUGAACACCGAGCCAAACUAUACACCUCUGAAUACGAAGUCCAUACUGCUCCUUCACGCAUUCAACCAAUGCAUGACCAUACUCCGACCUGCGCAGUCUGUAGGGCGCCCUCUAACCGCACCAGGAAACUUAUGAUUCCUGCCCGCAACGUGUGUCCUUCUCAAGAGUGGCGUUUAGAGUACGCUGGUUAUCUUAUGGCAGAGAAAUACGAACACAAUAGAUCGGAAUUUGUGUGUGUGGACCGAGAGAUGGUUCCUAAAGCGGGUACCAUGGGGAAUGAGAAUGGUGCGCUGUUGUAUAUGACAGAAGUCCGGUGUCUGGUGGGUGGGGGCUUGGAUUGUGGAUCCUACAUCGAUGGUUACGAAAUUACUUGCGCUGUCUGUACUAUCUGAAGUCCUACUAUUACAUUCCACUUCAUUUCGUGUAGUUUGACAAACUUGUCAGUUCUUUUAAUGGUUUUAGAACAUUUUAUUUUCAUACACACAACAGUGACACAAUGUACACCUUAGUUUCAGACACAUACUAGUGAUAAAGUGUAAAACUUAGUUUCAUAGAAAGACAACACCUUAGUUUUAAACACACAAUAGUGAUAAAAUGUACACCUUAGUUUUAUACGCAUAGCAGUGAUAAAAUGUACACCUUAGUUUCAGACACAUACCAGUAAUAAAAUGUAAACCCUAGUUUUAUACAUACAGCAUGGAUAAAGUGUCAUGUAAAAUUAGGCCUGAUUUGUCGAUGGUUCUCUAAAUGUUGUAAAUACAUAUUGAAUUUCAUGAUAGAUUGUUUUUUCCUUCAGGAAAGAAUAGUUCUUUGUAUUCAAUCUCACAGAAGUGUGAUACGAAACUCAUUGAUCGCUCAAUGAUUAUGUCAAUUAUAAGAGUUUACAUUAAUCAACCUGAAUUAAACAGACAGUGUC